UGUAUGUGUAUCGAUAUCAGAUGAACUUUACAGAGAAGAAACAAAAAAGUGGCUAUUAUUAUUAUUACUGCUAUUUAUUUAUUUUGUCUAAUUGCAUUAAUACUAAAAGCCUAAAAUUAUACAUUCAGUUUGUGUGUGGUUUCUGUUGUUAUUGAAUGAAGUGUUAUUGACAGUUUGGCCAAUACCUCAGUAACAUCAGUUGACCAGUAAAACUUUCUGUCCCCACUGGAUAUUGUUUUAUGUAUAUAUUUUGAGGUGACAUAUUGUUCUUAAAGUUGAAGUGUUUGAAGCAAAAAAAAUCUCAAGACGAAAAGCAGGAAAAAUUGUCAAAGAAAAGUGUCAAAGUGGCAGAUUUAGGUGACAUGGGCAGCCGAGUAGGGCGGCAUCUUGCCAGAGGGCUGCAUGGUCAUGUCAAUUAAUUAUAUCAUGUCACGGUGAAUGAACCUGGUCAGGACUCGGAUUGUGCACCCACUGCCCGGAGAAGUUCCCUCACUCAUACACUCCAAAAGGAGAGGCAGGGGUUGGGUAACAUCACAUCAGCUUUCAGGGUUUCCAGUGGGAGUGACGUCACAUCAGUGUGGAGAGUUGAAUCCAAAUUAAAAUUAUGGAUGACAAAAAAAGAUCUAAACCCUAAUGAGCCUAAUUCAGAAAAAAGAGGAAUGAAACUUGCAAAAAAAGAAGAAACGCCAUCAGUUUUUAAUUAUGCUGUGCCAGUACUAUCAGCGACUAAUAUGGCAUCGAUAUGUGUCAUCAUUGCUCUCAUUUAUCACCUUUUUAAAAAAAACAAAUCAGGUGCAGCAAGACCAGAGCGUGGUACAGGAGAAUGUAAUACAGAUGACGUCAGCUACGCUGCUCUCACAUUUAGACAAAACCUAAAAUACACUGUAAGAAGAGGAACCAGCAUGGACACAACAGUCAUAUAUGGAGAUGUGCAGCACCAUGAGGGAAAGUAGAGUUAUAAUCUGUUAAAUAAUCGGUUACUUUUUUACAUUCCGAAUGUUCAUUAUUCAUUUAUCAAUUAUCAUUACAUUACAUCUCAAAUCAAGAUUCAGUUUUCAAACACAGAGCUCACAUUUGACAUUUAUUAGCAUGAAUUUAAAUCAAAACAGCAUAACACAUGAUUAGGGAUUUUUUUUAAUUGUACAUCUGAUCGUAUAUUGUGUUAUUUUAUUUGAGAGAAAGUGGCUGCAUAGUAUAUAAUAUAUUAUAUACUAUAUAUUUCUGUUAUUUUCGUCUGCUUGUUUCUUCCACAAAUCUUUUGUGUGCACCUUUUCUCAAAAUCUCAUCAUUCAUAAUUCUUUAUUUGUUUUUUCAAAGUGAUCUAGAAUUGUUCAAAGGAAUAUUUCUCUGUUAUAAUCUUUGACAAACUGCAAGUAUUCAAAAAAAAAAAUGAAUUAGUCAUUACUGUGUAUAUAAUUGUUAUUGUAUGUGAU